CGGCGCGGGGAGAGGCCGGAAGCGGCGGGGCCGGGGGCGCUGCGGGAGCCGUGAGGGCAGCUCAAGAUGUCGAUCGAGAUCGAGUCCUCCGACGUGAUCCGGCUGAUCAUGCAGUACCUGAAGGAGAACAGCCUCCACCGGGCCCUCGCCACCCUGCAGGAGGAGACGACCGUGUCCCUCAACACCGUGGACAGCAUCGAGAGCUUUGUGGCCGACAUCAACAGCGGGCACUGGGACACGGUGCUGCAAGCCAUACAGUCGCUGAAGCUGCCUGACAAGACCCUCAUUGAUCUCUACGAGCAGGUUGUGCUGGAGCUGAUUGAGCUCCGGGAACUGGGUGCUGCCAGGUCACUCCUGAGACAAACAGAUCCCAUGAUUAUGCUGAAACAGACCCAGCCAGAGCGCUACAUCCACCUGGAGAACCUUCUGGCCAGGUCUUACUUUGAUCCUCGUGAGGCAUACCCAGACGGAAGCAGCAAGGAGAAGCGCAGAGCUGCCAUCGCACAGGCCUUGGCUGGAGAAGUCAGCGUGGUGCCUCCCUCUCGUCUUAUGGCCUUGCUGGGACAGGCACUGAAAUGGCAGCAGCAUCAGGGCCUGCUUCCUCCCGGUAUGACGAUUGACUUGUUCAGAGGCAAAGCAGCUGUGAAAGAUGUAGAAGAGGAAAAGUUCCCCACGCAGCUCAGCAGACAUAUUAAGUUUGGGCAGAAGUCGCAUGUGGAGUGUGCUCGCUUCUCCCCGGACGGGCAGUACCUGGUCACUGGCUCUGUUGAUGGCUUCAUUGAAGUGUGGAACUUCACUACUGGAAAGAUCAGGAAGGAUCUGAAGUACCAGGCACAAGAUAAUUUUAUGAUGAUGGAUGAUGCAGUGCUGUGCAUGUGCUUCAGCAGAGAUACAGAAAUGCUGGCAACAGGAGCACAAGAUGGCAAGAUAAAGGUGUGGAAAAUCCAGAGUGGUCAGUGUCUGAGAAGGUUUGAACGAGCGCACAGUAAAGGUGUUACAUGCCUCAGUUUCUCUAAAGACAGCAGCCAAAUUCUUAGUGCUUCUUUUGAUCAGACAAUCAGGAUUCAUGGUUUAAAAUCUGGGAAAACUUUAAAGGAAUUCCGUGGUCAUUCUUCCUUUGUCAAUGAAGCUACUUUUACCCAGGACGGCCACUAUAUUAUCAGUGCAUCCUCUGAUGGUACAGUGAAGGUUUGGAAUGUGAAGACGACAGAGUGCUCAAACACCUUCAAGUCUCUUGGCAGCACUGCUGGGACAGACAUUACUGUGAACAGUGUCAUUCUCCUGCCUAAAAACCCAGAACACUUUGUUGUUUGCAACAGGUCGAAUACAGUCGUCAUUAUGAAUAUGCAAGGACAAAUUGUAAGAAGUUUCAGCUCUGGUAAGAGAGAAGGUGGUGACUUUGUCUGCUGUGCGCUUUCACCUCGUGGUGAAUGGAUCUACUGCGUUGGUGAAGACUUUGUGCUCUAUUGCUUUAGCACAGUGACUGGCAAGCUGGAAAGAACUCUGACUGUUCACGAAAAAGAUGUCAUUGGCAUUGCUCAUCACCCCCACCAGAACCUGAUUGCCACUUACAGUGAAGAUGGCCUCCUCAAGCUCUGGAAGCCAUAGCUUGAUUUUAUACUGAGCUAUGAAGUGUGCCUGUUAGUCGCAGGUUAUUGGUGUUCGUGCUUUAACAAGUUCUAAAUGCACAUAGUGUGAUACUUGCUCAAUUUUCAGUUCAGUUUUCGAGAGAAUGACAUUUUUACUUCUUUGUCUAAAGUUAGGUAGGUUGAUGCUUAAAUAUAGCAUCAGGUAAUUUCAGAUUUUUAUUUUUACCAGAUUAGCUGAAGCAACUUCAGUGAGAGUGUUUUCUGUCUCCUGAAGUCUGUACUCUUCCUACAGUGUUUAUAGAAGUUAAAUGAGCUGGGAACUAUACACACUUAAAAGUGGUUGCUGACUUCCUAGAAUACAGCAAAAUGCUUCUUUUAUUUGCGUGAAUUAUGUGGAAUGGGAAAGCUGUUUCUUCUCCACUGCUGACACGUAUGCAGAUGAGUCUACUCUGUCCUCAGCUUAAAGGCGGAGGCUUUUUUAGUUCUGUGGGUUUUGCUGUGUUCAAUUUGCAUUAUAAUUUUUUUCAGUUAAAAAUGUUAAGUAGUGUCACACGGCUUCCUUGGAACGAAAUUCUUCUUGCCCAUCUCCCAGCACUUCCUCCAGUAAACCUUCCUAAUGUGGCAGUGAGAUAUAGUUGGGGAUAUUUUUGUGGAUUUUCUUUUUCGUGUGUAUGUUUUUGUUGUUUGACGUUUGUUGUUGGGUUUGGGGUGUUUUUUGUUUGUUUUUGGUUUGUUUGUUUGUUUGUUGGCAUUGUUUAUUUGGGGGUUUUUUGUUUGUUUUUUUUUUCUUCCAGGCUAAAAGGAAUUAUUUGAUCUUUCGAGGUCCCUUCCAACCCCUAUGAUUCUAUGCUUCUAUGAUUACCUGGGCCCUGUUUGUAUAAGUGCAUCAUGUCUUCAGGCCAGCUUUAACUUAAAUGAGGCCUCAGGGGAUCAAUAUCUUAAAACAUGCAGAAGCUGGUUUACACGGGCUGAGUUCGUAGUGCUGUGGUGGUGCGUGUUCAGCAGUUGUUUAAUUUUUUUUCCAGUUUACUCAGUUUAGCUUACUGUUUUCCCAAAAGGGCGUGGCACACUUAAGCUCUAAAUAAUUAUUUGUACGAUUUUUUUAAUAUUUCAUACACCUGUACACCUAGUUGAGGUGAUACAUAGGUCUCAUACUAUAAUAAAAACAAUCUUUUCUGGCUCUUCA